AUGCGCAGCCCUGCCCUGCCCUGCCCUGCUGGCGAGGCAAUUACAGGAUCGCAGUGAGAGAGUGCCAGGCUGGAAGGGCAAGGAACUCCGUGAGCGUUUCUUGCUGACGCUCAAUGUUCUUGCAAGGCUGCAGUCCUCUGCCCCAAGCCCAGAAGAAGGGAUCAUCUUGUUGGGCGGGAGGAGGGGGCCGCCAAGCAGCCUUGGUGAAAAACGGCCCCUCCUGCUCAGUUCUUACCAAACCUGUUCAGCUCACCUCCGGCAGUCUCAUUUAGCCACGGCUUCAGUCCCGGUGCUCUUUCCUCGAGAGCAGGUGGUGAACGGCGUCAGACACUACCUGGAGGUCGCCCUGCUCCGGAGUCCAUGCAAGAGGAGCGAAAUUGCGGGCUGUGACGCUCCUGGGCCUGUCCCGCCUGGAAAACCGGAACACGUGUCCUGCCACUUCGAGGUGUGGAGUCAGCCUUGGGCGAGCAGGAGGAGGCUGCUUAAGCAAGACUGCCAUCCCACGGAACCGUUGGACGAAAUCCAGGCAGCCGCGCUGGGGGCCUGGGAGGCGUUUCCUCUCAAGGGCCCUUUUGUGGAAGCAGCUGAGAAUGCCUCCACCCACCUGGUCUCUCUUUUCAAGGAGUUUCUGACCACCUUCAAGAAGAGCUACGUGGACAGAAGAGAAACCCAAAGGCGCUUCCGGAUCUUUGCUGAGAAUCUGGAGAAAGCCCAGAUCAUUCAGGAACUGGAUCAGGGCACAGCAGAAUACGGAGUCACCAAAUUUAGCGACCUGACAGAGGAAGAAUUUCGUUCCAUGUACUUGAAUCCGUUGCUGGUGAAGGGGCCUGGCCGACCCAUGAAAGUGGCCCCCGUCCCCAACGGUCCAUUCCCUGAUGAAUGGGACUGGCGGGACCACGGGGCGGUCACGGAGGUGAAAAACCAGGGCGCGUGUGGCUCGUGCUGGGCUUUCUCUGUGACGGGGAACGUGGAAGGGCAGUGGUUCCUCCGCAAGGGCUCCUUGAUCUCCCUCUCCGAGCAAG